CACCUUUCUUUACUUUAGUACCUUUUUUUCCACAAUUGUAAUAAUUCAUCUUUUUAACAAUAAUUCUUGUUUCACCCUUUAUAUUUCUUGAAUAUACCCAUAACAUUUUGAUCUUUACUGCUUAACUUUUACAACCCUCAAAUGGCAAGAGACCCAGCUUCAGAGGCAAUGAACUCACUUGUGGUAUGCUUUGGCGAAAUGUUGAUCGAUUUCGUGCCAUCAGUUUCUGGAGUUUCACUUGCAGAAGCGCCAAUGUUUGAGAAAGCUCCCGGCGGUGCUCCUGCUAAUGUUGCUGUUUGUAUAUCAAGAUUGGGAGGUUCUUCAGCAUUUAUAGGCAAAGUGGGUGAUGACCAAUUUGGCUACAUGUUGGCUAACAUAUUGAAGGUAAACAAAGUAAACAACUCUGGCAUGAGGUUUGAUCAAAAGGCAAGAACAGCAUUAUCUUUCGUUACUCUAAAAUCCGAUGGAGAGAGGGAAUUUUUGUUUUUCAGAAAUCCUAGUGCAGAUAUGUUGCUUCAAGAAUCAGAACUUGAUGUAAACCUUAUCAAACAGGCAAAGAUAUUCCAUUUUGGUUCGAUUAGUUUGAUACAUGAGCCAUGUAAGUCAACACAUUUAGCUGCAAUGGCCAUAGCCAAGAAAUCCGGUAGCAUCCUUUCUUAUGAUGUGAAUUUGAGAUUACCAUUAUGGCCAUCAGAAGAUGCUGCCAGAGAGGGUAUAAUGAGCGUGUGGAACCAGGCAGACAUAAUUAAGGUCAGUGAGGAGGAAAUUACGUUUUUGACCGGUGGUGAUGAUGCAUACAAUGAUGAUGUGGUGUUGAAGAAGCUCUUUCAUCCGAAUCUUAAGCUCUUUUUAGUUAGCGAAGGAGCCAAAGGUUGUAGAUAUUACACUAAGCGAUUUAAGGGCAGAGUUCAGGGUGUGAAAGUGAAGCCUGUUGAUACUACAGGUGCCGGGGAUGCUUUUGUUGGUGGGAUUUUGAGCGUUUUGGCUUCUGAUACAAGUCUAUAUGAGGAUGAGAAACGACUAAGAGAAGCUCUUCAAUUUGCAAACGCAUGUGGAGCGGUUGUUGUAACCAAGAAAGGAGCAAUACCCGCUAUGCCAACAAAAGAGGAAGUUCAACAUAUCCUAAAACAGCAAAGCUGAUUUAUGUAAUGGUUAUAGUAAUGUUGGAGUUUGUCCUACAAAUAGUUGAAAUUAAUGUAACAAUAGUUAUUGUAACCAAGGAAUUCUGCAACAGAACAGAUUAAUAAGAAAUAUACUUGUAACAUUUAUGUUUUGUGUUUAA